CCAAAAAGGGCUCUGCUGCGUAAGAAAACCGGGAGCUGGCUUAGGCGAUCCCAAAGGCCGGUUCCCCCGAGGGGUGGCGCGCGCUCCCGACCACCCGUGUGACGGCGCGCGAGGGCGCGGAGCUCGCUCCCGAGUGUCAUGUGGGGGCGGGGAUCCGGAGCUCCUGUUGCGGUGGCCUGAGGGGCCUGGGCCGCAAGGUCGACGCCUGUGGCUGCAGUGGCCGAGGCCAAAGGACCUGCCGCAGCUCGGUCGCCGGGGAGGGAGGGCCCCGAUGCCGUCGCCUUCUGGCCGGUGCCCGAUUCGCCGCCUUUCUCCUCACCCCUCCUUCCCGCACCCACCGCACCCUGGAACUGAGCCCUGACACCCGGAAUGAGGGAGCCCCACAUUCGCCCGUCUUCCCCAGCGGUGACCACUCCACGACAUACAGCCUCCACUCUGGCACCCAUCUUUGCAGCUGUGGAGGGAGAAUUGGAAAGACGAAGCUAGUGGAGAAGGCCAUUAAGGACACAGUGGGGAUUGUCGAAGUACUGAGGUGAUGUGCACUGGAAGGCGUGGAAGAUGGCUGGAUCAAGUAUAAAGAGAAUGAGAUUUGAGGAUACAUUAGGCCUGGUGAAACCAGCCCAGAGAAGUGAUGGGAUUUGCCCCAGGUCUCCCACCUAGAAAGCCAGAGCUAAGGACCUAGUUAUUGGCACCUGACGAUGGGGGUUGUCCCUCUCUUGUGUGAAGGUUCAUCCACAUUGUAACAUGUGUCAGAACUUCAUUCCUGUAUUCCUAAAUAAAUGCCCUUGUCCAGAUAGACCACGUGCAGGCGUGAACAAGGGUUUCAGAGGGAGAGCGUGGUUUAUGGACCGAUUCUGCACGGUGGCCAAAGAGGAGAGUGUCUGCGGAUGACCAGGAUGCUUGGCGCUCAGGAACACCAGGGACUGUUACCCUGGACAAGGCACGGCAGGUGUCGGUCGUGUGAGGUUGGGCUCCGGAUCUUCCUCAACUAGACUCCCAGCUCUGCUGCUUCCUGGCUGUGUUAGCCGCCCUGGCCUGGCUCAGUGUCCUCAUCUGUAAACUGGGACAGAGCCCCUGGACUGCCAGCUCCCUUGCCAGGGAGGAGGAGUAGAAGUCCAUCCACUGGGGCCUGAGCGAGGCCUGGGGGACAGGCUGUUGGUCCCAGGAUGCCUCUGCCUGAGCCCAGUGAGCAGGAGAGUGAGAGUGUGAAGGCCAGUCAGGAGCUGUCCCCCAAGCCCUCUGGGGCUGGCACUGAUGUUAUUCCUACAGCCCCUGUGAAGCUCAAGGAAUUCUCUGAUCUGGUUCUGCUAAUGGCCUCCACUGAGAACGGGGGUGGGGUGCGCUCCCUGCCCAAAGGAGCAGACUGCGUCACGUCCCUGGAGAUGUCUGGCCCUGACACCCUGGCCAGGACCCUCCAGGCCCUGCCAGCAGAGGAGCAGGGAGGGCCAGUCCAGCCAAGCCCCCGGGUCUUCGAGCAGAAAUACAACAAGCCAGAUACAGCAGACCCCAAGCCCCUGGAGUUCCUGAGGACCCCAUUCGGGGGCCGCCUCCUGGUGCUCGAGUCCUUCCUGUACAAGCAGGAGAAAGCCGUGGGGGACAAAGUGUACUGGAAGUGCCGAGAGCACACAGAACUGGGCUGCCGGGGCCGGGCCAUCACCCGGGGCUCUCGGGCCACAGUGAUGCGGGGCCACUGCCACCCCCCUGAUGAAGAGGGCCUGGAGGCCCGGCGCCAGAAACAGAAGCUGCGUGGUCCAGUCCUGCCAGAAGGCUCUGGGGGUCCUGAGGUCCUCCGAGGCCAGGUGGAGGAGCCACCCAAGGGAGUGGGCCCAUGGCCCUGCCCCAAGGAGCCAGAGCCUGCCCCUGGGCUGGUGCCGAGCAUGCCGGCUCCAGAGAGGAGUGGAGGGCUGCAAGGCUUGUCGAUGCUGAGCUUGCCCUUCAAGAAACGCCGAAUACUGAGGAUUGGCGAGCUCCCGCCCUUCGAGUUCCUAAGGACCUGCUAUGGGGGCAGCUUCCUGGUGCACAAGUCGUUCCUAUACAAGCGCGAGAAGGCUGUGGGAGACAAGGUGUACUGGACGUGCCGAGACCACACACUGCACGGCUGCCGUAGCCGAGCCAUCACCCAGGGCCAGCGAGUGACUGUGAUGCGCAACCAUAGCCACCCACCUGACAUGGAGGGCCUACAGGCCCGGCGGCAGCAGGAGAAGACCAUGAAGGUGCCGCAGGCCAGGCCAGCUGGCCCUGGGAGCCAAGUGGACAAGGUGCUUCAAGGAGUGGAUGGCCUGCUCUACUGCAGGGCGCCCGACACCACGACUCUCACCAGGGCCCGUCCCAGAAAGCCCACAAAGCCCCAGGCCCUGCGGGGAUCCCCUACCGAGGACCAGGACAAGGGCCCGGGAGGCCCUGAGUUCCUGAGUACCCCUCUUGGGGGCAGCUUCUUGGUGCACGAGUCCUUCCUCUACAGGCGGGAGAAGGCCGCUGGCGAGAAGGUGUACUGGACGUGCCGCGACCAGGCCCGAAUGGGCUGCCGCAGCCGGGCCAUCACCCAGGGCCAGCGGGUGACUGUGAUGCGAAGCCACUGCCACCCGCCUGACCUGGUGGGCCUGGAUAUCCUGAGGCAGCGGGAGAAACACCCUGGUUCAGCCCAGCGUGGAAUUUCAGGAGGCCCUGAGUUCCUGAGGACCCCUCUGGGGGGCAGCUUCCUGGUGCACGAGUCCUUCCUCUACAGGCGGGAAAAGGCUUCCGGCGAGAAGGUGUACUGGACGUGCCGAGACCAGGCCCGCAUGGGCUGCCGCAGCCGGGCCAUCACCCAGGGCCAGCGGGUGAUGGUAAUGCGCAGGCACUGCCACCCACCGGACCUGGGGGGCCUGGAGGCCCUGAGGCAGCGCGAGCACUCCCCCAGCCGAGCCCAGAGGGAAGGUUCAGGAACCCCCCAGCCUCUGGAGUUCCUGAGGACGUCCCUCGGGGGGAGGUUCCUGGUAUACGAGUCCUUCCUCUACAGGAAGGAGAAGGCCGCCGGUGAGAAGGUAUAUUGGAUGUGCCGGGACCAGGCCCGCUUGGGCUGUCGCAGCCGGGCCAUCACCCAGGGCCAGCAGGUGACUGUGAUGCGCAGCCACUGCCACAUGCCUGACCUGGUGGGCCUGGAGGCCCUGAGGCAGCGGGAGAAGCUCCCCAGUGCGGCCCAGCAGGAGGACCCAGAAAGGAUAAUUCAACUGUGCUUCAAGACUUGUUCUCCUGAAAGCCAGCAGAUUAAUGGAAAAGUCAAAGAUAUAAAACCCAACAGUGAUUCUCAGUGAAGCCAGUCUCCUCUCCAACUCAGAGGAACCUCAUGUGUCUCCAGCUUCAAGGAUGUUCCACAUCUACACGGGACCCCGGCAUCCCCCACCCGAUUAGCUUCUGCUGGACAAAAGCCCUUUUCCACUCUCUGAAAGCAUCAGCAGCCUUCACGCUUCCUCAAGAGGCCUCUCAGGAGGAAUGCUCUGGUGUCGUCUUCGUGCAAGCAAACAAAAGUUCCAGAAGCUGGCAGCUGACAGGUGUGCCUGACAUGGGGAAGGCCUGACCUCCAAAAGAUCUGAAGACGCAUCUUUUGACAAAGUCACUCUUCCCUGUCUGCCACCCUGAGCCACGAAUACCCAUCUGUUUUCAGAGCAUGAGACUUUGCCAAGGACUUUCCAGUCAGGUGUUGCCCUGCUUUGGCCAAGGAACGUUUGGGGAACUUUCUGCUUUUUGGAGCUGAGCUGAGCUGCCCUACCUAGCUCCAGCCACUCAGGUGUUUUCUAGACAGGUGCCUGAUGGGUCUUUGUGCCCCUUGACUGCCUGUUGUUGGGGUGCAGUGAUCAGAGCAACAGCAGGCCAAACAAGAGGCCCCAUUACACGCACUGCCCAGCUUUCUUUCCCUCACCGUUUUCCACCUUGAGCCCAGUGUCCGUGAUCCCCACAGCAGGUGUUGUUCCCGGCAGUGGGGGCCAGCCCGGAUGUUUGCAGAAAGCCAGCACGGGGCAGAUUUGGCCUGGCUGAGGCCAGCAGUGUCCUGGGUCACCCAAGUUUGACGCAGGAGGAGAGGCAGAUGUGGAUGGCAGCCGAAGUGAGGUUCUUUCUCUCUGCAGGUGACACAGCAGAGACCUGCCCUAGCAGGUCCAGGGGAAGCAGGCUGAUGUCCCCCUGGGAACUCCAAAGACUGCUGCUUGCUAACAAGUCUUCAUCUUUGACAGUGAGGCUCCUUUCCUUCAUUCUGUAAUUGCAGAGGAGCGCACAUGCAGGCUUUUUCUCUCCCGGCAAGCCGACCACAGAGCCUGCCAUCCCACCAUGGGACAGUGACAUCUUGGAUGCCCCUCACUGUCCCUCUGCUUGUUCCUUUCCCUCAGUAAACCUUAUUUUAUAUAUCUCA